AUGGAGCCGUCUGACGCCGGGGACCCCUACAGCCGGCCGGCCCGCCGGACUCAGUGGCUGGUCAGCGCCCUGGCUUACCACUAUGGGCUAGACCGCGGCGUGGAGAACGAGAUCGUCGUGCUGGCCACGGGCUUGGACCAGUACCUGCAGGAGAUCUUCCACCACCUGGACUGGGAGGGAGAGGGCAGGAUCCCCGGCGAGGACUUCCAGACCCUCUGCCAGGUACUGGGGCUACUGGGAGCGGAGGAAGAGGCGGCCGCCGACCCAGAGGAGUGCGGCGGCCUGUGCGAGGACCUCUCGGCCGACCUGACCUUCCGCCAGUUCCAUGCCAAGCUGUGCGGCUACUUCAGCACCAAGGCCGGCUGCCGGGCGCAGGGUCAGGGCGCGGGGGUGGCCCGGCUGCCGGUGGGCAAGGAGAGCGAGCACAUCGAGACCCAGAUCCGCCUCCGCAGCCCGCUCCGCCGCCGCAGGGAGAAGGCGGCGGCGGGACGCUGCCUGGGCGGCCGGAGCGGCGGCGGCAGGGCGCGGGGGGCUGCCUCUGCGCCGCCUUCCCCGCCGCCGCCAGGCGCGUGCUCCAGGGAGUGCUAUGAGGAGAUCGUGGCGCUGGAGCAGGCCGAGGACCGCAUCGCCAAGCUCGAGGAGGAGAACGCCAGCCUGCGCGAACUGGUGGAGGACAUGCGGGCGGCUCUGCAAAGCAGCGACGCCCGGUGCUUGGCGCUGCAGGUAGGAUUGUGGAAAAGCCAUGCUAACCAUAAGAAAAAUGGGACCUGCUUUAUACGUAACCGAAGGUUAUUAACACAGAGACAGUCCCAGACUUCCAAGUGCCUUCAAAGUGUUCUAAAGGAAGUUGAACUAAUCCGGAGUUCUAGGGAUGGACAAAUUGAAGAAGCGAUUAGGUUUAGUCAAGAACUGGAAAAAGAGCUGAGGGAUUCUCAGGAAGCUGUGGUCUCCCUGGAGGACAGUAAUCGCAGCCUAAAGAGGGAGCAAGCUGAAAUGAGAAAGAAGGUUGAAGAAGCAAGGCAGGCAGUCCUCAACAGCCUUGGAAAAGUAAAACAGCUUGAAACUAAAGCCAGUGAAGUGCCACAAUUACAAAUAUAUAUCAAGCAACUGGAAUCAGAACUGCAAUACUACAGGUCCGAGGUCUUGAAGGUCCAGCUUCUGAUAUCAGACAGCCUAGAACAGAAGAUCAACCCAGCAGUGAAUGGGCGAUACUCCCUGUCAGUUGUUCAGCAAGACAGAAGUUCACCCACUGGUGGAGCAGGAAUAUCAGAGAAUGUGGAAGAUCAGAUGUUUCGUUCAGUGGAAGGUCAGGCAGCAUCUGAUGAGGAGGAAGAGAAGGGGACUGGGGACCAGCCAUCCCAGGUGGCUGAAGUGAAGAAACUCCUAGCCAGACUUUCCUGCUGUAGUAGUGGAUGUGAUGACCCCAUAGUGAAGAGGCUGAUGUCCUGUUUUGGAAACAUUAGCAGGGAUGACCAUGAGAACUCCAUUGUGGAACUGGUCAAGAGUCUCUCAAAGUUAAUGGAACAGCUAGAAACAAAAGGGCAAGACGUGAAAAAACUGGAAAUAAAUACAGAAGAGAUGAAGGGCCCACAGCUAGGGGAGCUGCAGCAGAAGAUGGAGGAGACUGAAUUGCUGAAGAUGGAGUUGCAGAUGUUGGAAACAGAGAGAGUAAGGCUAUCAUUGGUGGAAGAAAAACUCUUGGAUGUACUGCAGCUUCUUCAGCAACUCCGGGAUCUGAACAUAUCUAAGCGAGCCCUGGGGAAAAUCUUGCUCAGCACUUUGGAAUCCUGCUGUGACCCACAACAUGGAAAACCACAUAUUUCUGAAGUCUUAGAUACCCUCUACCAUGAACUGACUGCCUGCGAACUCAUUCAUAGCAAGUCUCUUGAAACAACUCCGGGUCACCAAUCCUUGGCUAACCCACUGGUUAUCUCCUGUUGAUCAAGUGUCUAUUUUCACACAGAGGACUUCUAAGUGACAAUGUAAAGCACAAGGUGGCAACUAGAGAUGAUUUCAAAUUUUUCAUCCCUGCUGUUUCAAACCCAGAUAUCUGUUUUUGUUUCAUUUCUGUCCUGUGUGAAUCACAUCCAUCUUUGGGUUAGAUCCAUUGGAGUGUUUCCACAGAUGGAAGGAUUUGUACUCAUUGAGCACAACUGCUGUGCCUCCCCCUCCUGCUGCAGGCCCAAAUGUCCCCCAAUGCCGACGCCCAGGAGCAACUUCGGGCUGCAGUAGGAGGAGGCAUGCAAGAAAGUCACACUUCAAAGGCAGACAUGCUUCCAUCCAUGGAAACACUCUAUUGGAUUCAAGUUUUCCUUUUCAUGCCACUCUCUGUUUACCUGCACUAAAUUUCCCCCCAUAAAAUGUAUGCAUUUUUUAGCAUUAUUUAUACAUCAGUGUAAUAAAUUAUAUGUAUAAACUGCAUAUAAAAAUUAUACCGAGUUAGUACACAUUCCAAUCAAACAAACCAAAUAUGAAACAAACAGCAAAAAGUAGAGAACUGAAAGCACUGGAAAAAACAUAAAAGCGUAAAAAGCCGUGAGAGAGGGAUCCUUAGCAUUUCCUUAGUGGCUUCCACCCAUGACAGCUCUCAAAUUCCAAAGUUGGAAUUGUAAAAUGCUAUAGUAGAAGAACAAAUAGUAAUUUCAUGUGGAUUCAUCAUGCCUAAUGUUACCAAAUCCGACAGUCCCCAGAUCUCAAGCACAGUUCGGUCUUUCUCAGCUGAACUGCAUAAAAUAUCUUAACUGGAAAUGCCUAGAAUUCACACUUGACACCCUUGUGUAUGCUUGUGCACGGACAACUGAAGAUCUGCUCUCUAAUACUGAAUUGUUAAAUUACAUGUGAUACUUCUCAGAAGUUGUAUAGUUUCUCAUCUAAUUUCCAAGCAAGCCCCAUCUUGCCAUUGCUCUGGAGGAUUAUAAUGAAUGGAACCGACUGCAUCCAUUUAUUUGGAACAAAAGAUUGUACCAUUGUACCAUUGUACAAAAGAUUUUCUACGACUAGCCCGGUAGAGUUCUAAGUUCCUGAUUAUAGCAAGAUAUAUUAAUUUAACUUUUCUUAUUAUCAGUUUCAGUACAGUAGUUUGUCCUCCCUUGAGCAUCAAUUGUUGGGCAAAAUUCAUGCUCUUUUCUUCAUGUAUCAAGGGAAAAUACAAGUUUAUUUUACAAAUAUACCAAGUAAUAUAAAGUUGCUUUUACCUUAUAGGUUGCUAUAUGGUAGCUAUAGGCUGUUAUAACUACCUGUAGUAGUAUGAGGCUAUGUACUACCUAGUACGUUUGUGAAUGUGUCUGUAUGUGUGCUUGUAAAUGCACAUUUUAUUUAACUCUAGAGUUAUAUUUACAUUUUUGUCCAAUUAGAUGUUUUAUUUGAAAUAAUAGUC